AUGGUGCAUGUUAAUGAGCAGAUGGAAAAAGAUCUGUCACCAAAAGAUGGAUCAUUUGAAAAUUUUGGUUGUCAUUUCUGUAUCUUUGUAAGUGCUGUGAAUCAAGGGAAUACAACACUUCGCAAAUUCAAGGUAUUGAAUGAAACUGGUACAGAUACGAAAAUUUCAGAACUCGUUGGCUAUAUUCAAAUGGAUGAUCAACAAUACUAUCGGCUGUUACCAGAUGAAAAACAUAGACAAACGUGGUUCAAUGAGUUUAAAACAUAUGCUUUUAUUGGUUUAACGUAA